CUGCUGCCCGUGCCCGCUGCCUCCGCGCCCGCCGCAUGGCCGCUGCGGGACUACGGCCUGGACGUGUUCGGCGACGCGGUGCCCCCCGCGCGCCGCGCCUGCCUGCGCCUCGCACCCCACGCGCCCCGCACGCCCCGCGCGCCCCACACGCCCCGCGCGCCCCACACGCCCCACACGCCCCACGCUCGCUCCCUGCUGGACCUGGCCGACGAAGACGUCGCCCGGCAGUACGAGAUGCCGCCGCAUUCUCUAGAUGCUAUACUUCAAUCUUCGGACGAGCUGCCAAAUUUAAUUGAAUUCUUCGAACCGCCCUGGUGUUCGGCGCCGAACGCGAGCUGCGCCGUGGUGCUGACAAGCGACGCGGGCGAGGCGAGCGUGCUGCGGGACGCGGCGCUACGGGCGCGCCUGCGCGUGCGGGCGCUGCCGCUGCGCCGGCGUCUGGCCGCGGCCGCGCGCCUGCUCCUCGCCGCACCGUCGCCGUCGCCGCGCCCCAUCCUGUGCGACUGGGCGCCCGAGUGGACGGAGCUGGCGACGCUGCCCGCCGUCCUGCUGGGCCCCCCGCCCUGCGCCCCCGAUCCGAGACAAGCAAAGAUCGGCACGACGGACUGCCCCUUUGAAAGUCUACGUCUUAUGAAAUUCGCUAACGUUAGAGCGAUCGCGAGGUCGACGGCCGCGGUCCGAGCGCUGGUCCGCUUCCGACUCGACGGCGAGGAGACGCGCGAUCUGGCGGCGCGCGCGCGCAGCGGCCUCGCGCCGGACGCCGCCGCGGAGGAAUUCCUAAAAGCGCACCCGAAAAGCGAGCGGAGAAGCGAGGUGCGCGUGGUGGUGAUGGUGCCGAGCGCGACGCCGCGCCAGGCGCACGACGCGCACGCGCUCGCCGCCGCCGCGCAGCUGGCCGAGGCGCACCUGGAGGCGGCGGGCGCCCCGCGAGCCGCGCGCUUCAAGGUCGAGUUGUUCGACGACCGCUGCGACGUGCGUCAAGCGUACAGAUACAUGUUCACCGCGCUGGGCACGGGCGAGUUCGGCGCGCUGUCGGCCAUGGCGGGGCCGGGCUGCGCCGGCGCGUUCGCGGAGGUGGCGCGGCAGAGCGCGGCGCACGCACUGCCGCUGCUGGCCUACAGCCCGCAGGCGGCGGCGCGCGGUGCGGCGGCGCUGCUGGCCGCGGGAGAGGCGCGCGACGCGGCGAGCGCGCUGAGUGCGCUGGCGCUGCGCCUGCGCUGGCGGCGGCUGGCGGCGCUGAGCGAGCACGCCGCGCGCGCUGCACUGGACGCCUCGCGCCUGCGCGUGCCGCUCGUCGUGCACCUCGAGCUACCCGAUCCCCUUCCCGAGGAUGACGGACAAAUAUUUGAUGAUUGGGCGCGGCGCGUGGCGGCGUCGGGCGCGCGCGUGCUGCUCGUGGCGGCGGAAGACGCGCGCGUGGUGCGCGCGGCGCUGUGCGCGGGGGCGCGCGCGGGCCUGGCGCCGGCCGCCGGCGCGGUGUGGCUGCUGCCCGGCGCGCUGCCGGCCGACGCCGUCGCCGAUGGACACCUCAGCUUCGCGGCCGAGUGGUUGGCCGCGUGGCGCGAAGAGGCCACGGCGUGGCGGCAGGAGUGGGCGGCGCGCUGCGCGGCGUGGGCGCGGCGCGGUGCGAGCGUGGGCGCGGGCGGGGCGUGCGCAGUGGGCGCGGCGGGCGCGGCGGCGCUGCUGUACGACGUGCUGCGGCUGUGGGCGGGCGCGCUGGACCGCGUGCUGGCCGAGCGGCCCGCGCGUGUCGCCGACCUGCACGACCCCGACACAGUCCGAAGCCUCAUCGAAAACGCGACGGGAACCGAGUACGUCGGGCUGACGGGGAGGUUCCUGUGGGCGCGGGAGGGCGCGGGCGCCGUGCGCGUGGCGCCCCUGCUGCUGCUGCAGUGGGAGAACGGGUCGCGGCGCGCCGUCGGCCGCUGGCGCCGCGGCGGCCCGCUGUACCUCGGCGCCCCGCGCUGGCGCACGCCCGACGGCGCCCCGCCCGGUGACGGCGGCGACGACAACUGCGCGCUGCGUCCGCUGGCCCGGCUGCUGCGUGCAGACUGCCGCGCGGCCGGCGUGGCGCUGGCGGCGUUGCUGCUCGUGCUGGCCAUGGCCGUGCUGGCCGCCGCCGCGCUGCACUGCAAGCGGCGCGCCGAGCGCGAGUGCCGCGCGCGUCUCGCCGCGCUCGCGCUGCGCCCGGUGGCACCCGCGCGCGAAGGCCUCGACCGCUGGGAGGUGCCGCGGGAGCGCGUCGUCAUCAACCGCAAACUCGGCAUGGGCGCGUUCGGCACGGUGUACGGCGGACACGCGCUGCUGGGCGAGGCGCGCGCCUGGACCGCUGUGGCCGUCAAGACGCUCAAGGCCGGCGCCACCACCGAGGAGAAGCUCGACUUUCUCUCGGAGGCGGAGGCGAUGAAACGCUUCGACCACAAGAACAUAGUGCGCCUUCUCGCCGUCGUCACGAAGACGGAGCCGGUGUGCACCGUCAUGGAGUUCAUGCUGUACGGGGACUUGAAGAACUACCUUCUGGCGCGGCGGCACCUGGCGCUGGGCGGGGGCGGGCCGGCGGACGAGGUGUCCGCGCGGCGGCUGACGGCCAUGGCGGGGGACGCGGCGCGCGCGCUGGCAUACCUGGCGCGACUGCGCUACGUGCACCGCGACGUGGCGGCGCGCAACUGCCUGGUGUCGGCGCGGCGCGUGCUCAAGUUGGCAGACUUCGGCAUGACGCGACUCGUGUUCGAGAACGACUACUACCGCUUCAGCCGCAAGGGCAUGCUGCCGGUGCGCUGGAUGGCGCCCGAGAGCCUGGCGCUGGGCGUCUUCUCCGCGGCCUCGGACGUGUGGUCGUUCGGCGUGCUGCUGUACGAGAUGGUCACCUUCGGGUCGCUGCCGUUCCAGGGGCUCAGCAACGCGGAGGUGCUGGCGCGCGUCAAGGCGGGCCACACGCUGGACCUGCCGCCCGGCCUCGCGCCGCCGCUCGAGGCGCUGAUCAAGUCGUGCUGGCAGCGCGAGCAGCGCUUGCGGCCGAGCGCGGCGGAGCUGGCGGCGCGGCUGGGCGGCUCUCCGCGCCUGCUGACGCCCUGCCUGGACGUGCCGCUGGACGCGCUGCCGCUGCCGCUGGCCGACGAGCCGCCUUGGCGCGCCCCGCCGGACCUCGCGGCCGCGCGCUGGCUCAGCUGGACCGCGCCCGACCCCGCCUCCGCGCACGCCUCCGCGCACGCCUCCGCGCACGCCUCCGCCCACACGGACACCACCUACCUCAGCGCCGAGCCGCGCGACACUGACCGCUUCCUGCCGCCGCCACAUUCCACUCUCUUCUAG